AUGUCGAAGACGUUCACACAGGCCGAGGUUGCCUCGCACAACAAGCCCGACUCGCUGUACAUCACGGUCGACGGCGAUGUUUACGAUCUGACCAAGUUCCAGGAUGACCACCCGGGUGGCAAGAAGAUCCUCGCCCGCGUCGCCGGCAAGGAUGCGUCCAAGCAGUUCUGGAAGUACCACAACGAGGGCAUCCUGAAGAAGUACCAGCCCCAGCUGCUGGUUGGCUCGCUCGACACCAAGCCCAAGGCCGAAGCCCCGGCGCCCAAGCCCAAGCCUGCCGCGCCCGCCCCGAAGAAGGCCGAGGCCAGCAAGCCCGCCGCGUCCCACGAAGAAGUCGAGCCGCUUGAGCCGUUCGGCAGCAUCAUCCCCUUUGCCGACCCUGGCUGGUACCAGAGCUACCGCUCCCCCUACUUCAACGAGACCCACGCUGCCCUCCGCGCCGAGGUGCGCGAGUGGGUCGACUCCGCCAUCGAGCCCAAUGUCACCGAGUGGGAUGAGGCCCGCCUGGUGCCCCCCGAGAUCUACAAGGAGAUGGGCCGCCGCGGCUACCUCGCCGGUCUGCUGGGUACCGCGUACCAGAACGACUACACCGAGAACCGCGUCCAGAGUAUGCCCACCGACAAGUGGGAUCUCUUCCACGAGAUGCUGCUGACCGACGAGCUGUCGCGCGCGGGCUCGGGUGGUUUCGUCUGGAACGUGAUUGGUGGUUUCGGCAUCGGCUGCCCGCCGCUGGUCAAGUUCGGCAAGAAGAGCCUCAAGGACCGCAUCCUGCCGGGCAUUCUCAACGGCGACAAGCGCAUCUGCCUGGCCAUCACCGAGCCCGAUGCGGGCUCCGACGUCGCCAACCUGACCUGCGAGGCCAAGCUGAGCGAGGACGGCAAGCACUACAUUGUCAACGGCGAGAAGAAGUGGAUCACCAACGGCAUCUGGUCCGACUACUUCACGACGGCCGUGCGCACGGGCGGCGAGGGCAUGAACGGCGUCUCGCUGCUGCUGAUUGAGCGCUCGUUCGGCGGCGUCUCCACGCGCAAGAUGGACUGCCAGGGUGUCUGGUCCAGCGGCACCACCUACAUUACGUUCGAGGACGUCAAGGUCCCCGUCGAGAACCUGAUUGGCAAGGAGAACCAGGGCUUCCGCGUCAUCAUGACCAACUUCAACCACGAGCGCAUCGGCAUCAUCAUCCAGUGCCUGCGCUUCUCGCGCGUCUGCUACGAGGAGUCGGUCCGCUACGCGCACAAGCGCCGCACCUUCGGCAAGCGCCUCAUCGACCACCCCGUCAUUCGCAUGAAGCUGGCCCACAUGGCCCGCCAGAUCGAGGCCAGCUACAACUGGCUCGAGAACAUGAUCUACCAGUGCCAGACCAUGAACGAGACCGAGGCCAUGCUGCGCCUUGGCGGUGCCAUUGCCUCCCUCAAGGCCCAGUCCACCAUCACCUUUGAGUUCUGCGCCCGCGAGGCCAGCCAGAUCUUCGGUGGCCUGUCCUACUCCCGCGGCGGCCAGGGCGGCAAGGUCGAGCGCCUGUACCGCGACGUGCGCGCCUACGCCAUCCCCGGUGGCUCCGAGGAGAUUAUGCUGGACCUGAGCAUGCGCCAGAGCUUGCGCGUGGCCAAGGCCACCGGCAUGAAGCUGUAA